AUGGAGUACGCGCAUGAUGGUCGCCACAACGUUGGUGUAGGGGCUACAGGAACAACAGCUGUUGGAAUGUUAUUGGGUUGUAUUGGGAUAAUGCCCCUCCCACCCGGAAUUGUCUUGUUUGUCGUUGGAAUGAGUGAUGAUAGCGGAAUACGUGUAGCAGGAAUCGUAUUACUCGCUAUUUCUGGAAUAUUCAUCAUUACUGGUAUCGUCGUCUCCCGAAUCGGUAAAAAAUCGCCGACCACAACCACUGUGACACAACAGGUAACAACUGCCAAUGUAGUAAUUGAGGAUGGAGGAGAGACAAGACACGUGUAUAGACCGGUGCACGUAACUGCUCCACCAUUUGGCCAAUUAACCGGGCAGCCGGCGAUAACGGGUCAAUAUCCAGUGCCAAUGAAUCCAUCACAUCAACAACUGUUUUGUCAACCACCACAAGGUUACCCGCAACAGGAGUACCCGCCACCAUCACCACAGGGUUACCCGCAACAGGAGUACCCUCCACCAUCACCACAAGGUUACCCGCAACAUGAGUACUCUCCACCAUCACCACAAGGUUACCCGCAACAGGAGUAUCCGCCACCAUCACCACAAGGUUACCCCCAACAGGAGUUCCCACCACCGCCACCACAAGGUUACCCCCAACAGGAGUUCCCACCACCACCACCACAGGCUUACCCGCAACAGGAGUUCCAACCACCACCACCACCACCGCCACAAAGUUAUCCGCAACAGGAGUUCCCACAACAACCACCGGGUUACUUGCAAUAG